GCCGGGUGGGGAGACCCGCGCGGGGAGUAGGUGAGGGGACCCGGCGGGCGCCUGGGGAGAGGCCGGGAAAUGAGCGCUUGGAAAUCUGUCUGCGAGCGGACCCAUGAUCGAAGGACCAGGAGAGCCGCGUGAUCGCCAGACCUGGCCCUGCGACCCUAGACAUGGGCCAGACCUCGGUCUCCACGCUGUCCCCGCAGCCCAGCAGCGUUGAUGGACUGGACAAAGCUUCUAUAGCAAACUCAGAUGGACCAACGGCAGGUUCCCAAACACCUCCCUUCAAGAGAAAGGGGAAACUGUCCACCAUUGGUAAAAUCUUUAAGCCAUGGAAAUGGAGGAAAAAGAAGACCAGUGACAAAUUUAGAGAAACUUCAGCAGUUUUGGAAAGGAAGAUAUCUACAAGACAAAGUAGAGAGGAGCUGAUAAGAAGGGGAGUUCUUAAGGAAUUGCCUGAUCAAGAUGGAGAUGUAACAGUUAACUUUGAAAAUUCAAACGGGCACAUGAUACCCAUCGGAGAGGAAUCUACCCGAGAGGAAAAUGUAGUAAAAUCUGAAGAAGGUAAUGGCUUUGUAGCUGAAAAAGCACCACCUCUGGAGGAAAAGGCAGAAGAUAAGAAAGAGAACACUGAAAACCACUCUGAAACACCGGCAGCUCCUGCUCCACCUCCUCCGGUUCUUCCUAAGCCUAAACCCAAACCUAAGCCCAAAAAAACACCAGUGCCUCCAAGAGCUGCUGCUGGGGCCAGCCCCAAGGGUGACGAAGUGCCUCCUAGUAAAAAAAAUAUCAAGGCUCCUGGUAAGCAGGCCCCCGUUCCUCCACCCAAGCCAACAAGCCGAAACACGACCCGAGAGACUGCUGGUUCCUCUCAUCCCAAAAAAACAACUGGCUCCAAAGCAUCAGCAUCACCAUCUACUUCCUCCACCUCAUCUCGUCCCAAAGCUUCCAAGGAGACAGUUUCUAGCAAAACUGGGACAGUGGGAAUCACAAAGGGCAAGAAAAAGACUGGCAAGCAGCCAACGUCUCGACCGUCCUCUGAUGCAACCCCUUCUGCCGCAUCUGACGCGAAAGGAGAACCUCCAGAGACCAUGGAGGAGAGUCUCCACCCCGAGCCCACUGUCUCUGGCACCGAGGAGCAGACCGCAGGCAAACCCAAGUCUGACAUCCCUCCACACCCCGUGACUCCGCCACCCCCACCCCCUGCCCCUCCUCUUCCUCUUGGAGAGCAGAGCUUUGUUGCCUCAGACACUCCUGUUGUCCUGGUCAGCAAUGGAGCCGACCUGCCCGUCCCUGUCUUAGACCCAAGUCAGCUUCUCUGGACUGAAGAGCCAACAGAUAGAACCACUAUCCACUCAGGCACCGGCUUAAGUAUUAGCAGAGACAAUACAAAAUGUUUCCCAACCAAAGAUGAGCUGGGGACUGCCACAGCACAGCUGCUGACCCCUGGGCUGAUGGGAGAAUCUUCCGAAUCCUUCAGUGCCCCGGAGGACGAAGGCCAAAGGGAAUACCAGGCCAAUGACUCUGACUCCGAUGGCCCUAUCUUGUACACUGAUGAUGACGAUGAAGAAGACGAUGAGGACGAGGAUGGCAGUGGAGAAAGUGCUUUGGCAAGUAAAAUACGACGAAGGGAUACCCUUGCUAUCAAACUUGGCAACAGACCAUCUAAGAAAGAAUUGGAGGACAAAAACAUCUUGCAACGUACGUCUGAGGAAGAGAGGCAGGAAAUCCGACAACAGAUCGGAACCAAGCUGGUCAGGAGACUUAGCCAGAGGCCAACAACUGAAGAAUUAGAGCAGAGAAAUAUCUUAAAACAAAAGAAUGAAGAAGAAGAACAAGAAGCAAAAAUGGAACUUAAACGCAGACUCAGCAGAAAGCUCAGCCUGAGACCCACCGUGGCAGAACUGCAAGCUCGAAGGAUCCUGCGGUUUAAUGAGUACGUUGAAGUCACCGAUUCUCCUGACUAUGAUCGCCGGGCAGACAAACCCUGGGCCAGGUUGACACCUGCAGACAAGGCAGCAAUAAGGAAAGAACUAAAUGAAUUUAAGAGCACAGAAAUGGAAGUUCAUGAAGAGAGUCGACAGUUUACAAGGUUUCACCGUCCAUAAUGAAGUGGGAGACUCUUUGGAAACAGACUGAUCAUCUUUGGAGGAAAUCUCACUUCCUGAAAACCUGAUAUUGCACUGGGAUUUGAAUGUGUGUGUUUCCUUUUAACUGGUGGUGCGGGAAGCAUGUGCAAAGCGCUGGGAAGUAUUCCCCACCUGCAGCCCGAUGGGGCCACAAGCCAAAGGGCGGCGUGCGUGGCCUUUACUCUCCAGCAUGUGUGGAGACGGUAAGGGACACCAUGGCUACUCCAGUUACUCUUCAUUGAGAGUUUUUAAUCAGAGAAGAUGAGCAGAAGACAAUCAAUUGCAGGCUGCCUGUUAACCAGAAAGCCAAGUUUUAGAGUGCAGGUCAAAGAAAAAUGUGGACUGGCAUUGCUGGGGAAUGGGAUGGGGUGGGGUUGAGAAUCAAAAAGAAAGAGGAAUAUUUCAUUACGUUAAUGAAAAAAAAGAAAAUUGAAGUAUAAGUGUAUUUUUGAAAUGGAUAUUGGAGAACUUUAGAAAUUUGGGAAAUCCCAAAGUGGAUUCCUUAAAGGCCUGAUUCUAGAAGAAAGUUCUUAUUUCACCAUUAUGUUGGUACAGUAUAGAACCAUUAUUUUAUGUUGUGCCAGUGAAUCCAAUUGCCAGAAAAUAAGUCUGAGUGUUUUCAUGCAUCUUUUUCUUAAUGCAAGCAGCUUCUACUGACUCUUAACAAGCAUGCUUAACCAAAUUUUGUUGCAUGCUUUAAGUGGCAUAACUAUUCACACUUUGCUUUUUUUUUAAUAUUCCUUACCUAAUAUGCCAAUAUGUCUGGGAAUAAAAUCAGAUACAAUGUAACCCUAAAAAUCUGUAGCAAGCUUUAGAAUGAAGUCUCCUGAUCUUUCCCUUUAUGUUUAUCCUCAAAGUCAAAAUAACCAUACUUUACCUAAGGAAGAUGAUAUUGACAAUCAUGAUACCUUUAAAAAAAUCUGAAUCCAAAGUUAGAACUUUAAAGAAGUACAAGUCUGUUGCCAGCAGUUAGUCUGAGUGGGAACACAAAGGAUUACCUGUUUUCAGCACUGCGUUAAGUUGAAUUGCUGCUAUUAUAAGAAUAAAGCACAUAGUCAAAAAAAUACUCAACCAAAGGCUUAAAAUAACACGGAAAAUUUUGGCAAAGUCGCUGGUGAGGAAAACCUCAUCUUGUAUUUUAAGAGUCUGUAGGUUGUAUCCAUGAAUAUAUCAACUUUCAAUGAGAAAGAAUCAGUGAGAAUAGUCACUGAAGGUUACUUAUGAGCCUGUGAUCAAUAUUGUUUACAUUAAGAAAUCCUCAGUUGUCAUCUUGCUUUUUCCUGUGGAGACUUGGGCAUAAUACCACUCCCAAAUACACAUGAUGAUAUAUAAAUACUGCUUUACAUUCACGUGUCCUUUUGAGUGUGUUGCGCCCCUUUGAUUAAACACACACACAAUGUAUAAUAACUAAACAAAACCUAAAUGGACUUUAUUUUACUCACAGAACAUAAGCUAGCAUGUUCUGAAAUGGUUCUGGUAAUAGUAUAGAAGAUUCUAAUUUUUUAUCUCAGCCAACAAGCCAACAUGUAAUCUGGAGGAUCACUUUGGAUCCUGCCAUUCAUUUAUGUCUUAAAGAUUCAUGUAAAUUGGAUGAUUUUGUUUAGAAAUAAAAACAGUUUAGUCCCAGUUGACCUGUCACAAAAAGCCAGGACCAUUUUGUCACUAAAACAAGGAGCCAGCAUCGCUGCAGCCUUGCCUGCUCUGUUGUCAUCUCAUUAAUAAGAUAAGGCAUAUUUUUACUUUAAAACAUUCUCUGCCUUCUCAAGUAUCUCCCUGAAACUAAAGGUUUGUCCAUUUAUGUUUAAAUCCAGCCAUAGAUCUGUUCUAAUUUUUUGCCGGACAUCUUUUCUUUUUGAUAAUAUUUUAGUACCAUCUUAAUUGCUUGGGAGAAAGAACAGGCGGUGUCAGUUCUAAUUUUAUGUACUUAAGCUUUGAACAUUGUUUUGAUUUCUAAUCAUAAGGCCUCUAUAAAAAAAAUAGCAAAUAUAAGACAUUACCAUUUUAUCACUCAACAUACCUAACAUAGAAAGUCUCUAUUUGGCUGAAAAAAGGAACAGUCUUUUGCCACUAGUGGUGCAUGCAUGUGAUGCAUUUUUUUAUUCCAUGCAGUGAGAUGCACCCAGUAUAGAAAUGAGACUCUGGCACCUCAGUAUAUUGUUUUCCUCGUAGGAGAGAUCACAUUUAUGAACCACCCACACUUUUUCUUCAUACAGCUUGACAUGCUUAGAGAAAAUUUUUAAAGAGAGAAAAUUUUAAAAAUUACUGCCAGCCUAAUAUUUAAGAAUGGAACCACCAAUUAUUUCAUUAAAAUGAGUCUUCAAACAGCAAGCUCUGGCUAGAAGCGAAGGAUUAUGAGCUAAACUUUUUGCACAAUAAGGUUCAGUUAUAGUGACUAAUUUUAAAAAGCAGAAACACUGCACAUCUGCCCUAGCAGCCCAUUCAGUGGGCUCUUCACUGGCAGCCAUAAAAGGAUACAAAGGUGUAGACCACCUUACAAAUAACCAUGCCUCUGCCCAGUGCAGCCAUUAGCUGCAGCUCUAGAAAGAAAAUCAAUGUGUAUGUGAAUUGGGUGGUUGUAGCAGAACUGCAGGUUUUUCCCUGUUUGAAGUGUGACAUUAGAUUAACAGAGAGGAAGUGAGUAGAUUUUCCUGAGUCCACAAGAUAGGGUAAGGAAGAAAUCAAGCCCACCUGCAGGAAGGUUCCAGGUAAGAAGGAAAGGCAGCCCAGAGAGAAUGUAAAAGCCCAAGCUUUUUUCCCUUUUUCUUAAAAUGAAGCAAAAGAACAUUAAUAUUAUGGUACUAGGAAGAUACCAUGUGCUUUAUCCUCAUCUUGUUGGUCAUGACCGAUCCGUCUGACAAAAUCAGUUCUCUGGUGAUCAGGGUUAAUUUAAGGUUACCUGCCUGAGAAUGUCUUGUGUAGGUGAAAUGCCUUGCAUUUUUUAUAGUCAAUAUUGUUUAUCUUCAUUAAGUAACCUAGAUAAAAACUAUAUUCAGAGGAUCAUUUCAGUUAUUUAAAUAACUGAUUUAAAAGGAUGAAAAAGCAAACUCAUUUCUCUCUGAUUUAUCCAGAAAACACAUUUUUCUGGUAUUCUUAUCAUACCCUCUAUAGACACCUUGGUGAUAGUCACUUAUCUUCCUCUAUUGUCAGUAAAUCUAUUGUUAGCAGAAAGUUCUGAAAUGGAAGUAAAAACCUGUUAAGGCAGUAGAGGAAUUGAAUACACCCCUCAAAAGCACGAAAUAUCGAAAAUAAGUCCUUAAAUCCCAUGCCAGGUUUUACACAAUGCAAUUAAUUUGGUGAUAGUAUCAUCUUUCUCAGAAAAAGCACUCCUCAAAAUAAUUCAAAGACAGGUUUCAAAGAGCAACCAGCAGGUCCAAUUUUACUAGUGACCAAUGGUGGUGGGGACAAAGAAUACGCCAAGACCAUUCUCAUAUUCACUUUCCAUUUACUUUUUACAAUCAUUAAGCUUAAGCUCUUCAUGGAAAUGCAAACCAUCAUUAAUAUUACUAGAAAAUAACUGAAACAUAGUCAACCUAUUCAAAAUAAGAAUUCCAAACGCUGUAAGAUUUCUGGCAAAAAAAAAAAAAAAAAAGAAUCCUGUGGCAGCUGUCCCUGCAUCAAAUCAACCCUAUAGGCAAGAGUCACUUUUUGCUAUGCUAGAAUUUAUUGCACACACACUCAAAAUGUCAUUCAGCUUGUCGCAUUGCUAGCACAGCUACACAUGUGAGCAAAUCACUGUUGAUCGAUGUUUCUCAAUUUACAGCUGGGCAAUUCUUUGUUGUACAGAAGUCUCUACUACAUUGCAAGAUGCUUACUAUCCCAGGCCCCUUUCUGCCUAAAUAUCAAUAGCAUCUCCAGUCUUUGUAAAAUCCAAAAGCAAAGAGCCCUCCACCAUGUCCAAAUGCCUGUUUAGGAAGGCAGGACCUUCUCCCUUGAAUACCACUGUCAAUUUGAGGACACAGGGAAAGUGCCUACCUCAAAACAAUAUCUUCAUUCAUUGCCUUGCAUUUCCUUGAGCCCUUUAUAAUGUCUUCCACCUCUGCUUUUACAAGCCUUCUCCUUCUGUGCAGCUUUCAUUUGCCAGGUCUUCAGGGAGACGGUUCCUGGACACCUGGGUAGUUCCAGUGGGAGUAGUCUUUUGCCUUGUACAUAAAGGAGAGACUUUACAGUAAGGAAACUUCUUUUUUUCCUUUGCCUCACACUUUUACUGGAACUACACUGUAGGUUUUAAUGCUUGUCAAUAUCAUCAGAAUAGAUGCAUGGCUUAACCGCAGCUAACCAGUCACAUAUACAAAACUGGUAUUCUAUGAAAAUCACCAUUAGCUUUCACUUGGUAAACUGCAUCCCCUAAAUUCCAAAACAAGUAUUCAAUCUAUGUACAUAUGCUUAAUUCGAUCCCCCUGUAUAAAUGUAGUCACGCAGUUGGACCUUUGUGAGAUAUGUGAAUACUGAACUAUGAGGAAACCUGCAUUAACUAUGGCUUGUGUACACAUUGUUCAUACUUUGAUGUUGGUUCUAACACAAAACAAGAUGGUUUUACUGGGGUGGAACAUUAUUAAACUAUACUAAGAAUAUAUAAACAUACUUACCCUCUGCCUUGUUUAUUACUGAAACUGAAUGAUAAACAUGUCUUGGCAUUAUUUGGAUGAAUUGGCUAAUUCAUAGUGGGAAUUAUGAAUUAAUAAUAAUUAAUUAGCCACUAUGCCUUUUUUAAAUAUUAAAAUUUCUAAAUAUCCUUUUUGAGGCAGAGCAACUGGGAGUCGAUAAAGCUGGGUUUCUAUUGUGAAAUUUUAGAUGGUGCUUAAGCCUUAUCUUGCUGUGUAGCAAUUUUUUAAAAGAAUAAAUGGAAGGGAGUAAAUGGGGCAAAAUGCCACUCAACCCUCAGGUCAAUUUUAUGGUGUAUUAAAAUGCCAAUAAUAUUUGUGCCACUUGCCAAUUUGGAGGGACUUUUCCCUGACUGGAUACUUUUGCUCUAGUUUGUGUUAUUAGGUCUUGACAGAGCAUAUGCAGAGAGAAGUCGCCAUUGUAAUGCUAACUAGCAUCCAAAAACAAGCUGAAUGAAUCUAGGGUCAAACCACUUUCAUCCCUAAAAAUACAGGCACUAAUUUUUUUAAAUAAUUGUUCUGUGGCUUAGAAAUGUGCCAAUGUGUUCAAAACAUUCUGCACCGAUUUCACCAGAUUUAGAACUAAAAACUCAAACUUUUCUCUUUUUUUCUAUGUAACAGUGAUUUUAAAAUAAAGACUAUAUGCAUUCUUUUGUUAUUGCAAGUUUUGGUUAAAAUGAUAACAAUAGUAAGCUGUGAUCAUUAUCAGACUGACUGAAUGAUUCCUGAUUUCCAGUGAGUGGUCUAAUUCUAUAUAUUACACAGGUAUAAUAUCUGUGAGUGUAAAUAACUGGAACUGUAUACUGAUUAACAUGACAGUUUCUCUUUUUUGUGGUUGAUCUUGAUCUGUACUGUAUUAUAGUAUGUGGGUAUAAAUAUCUACAAGUAUACACACAUAUGUAUAUGUAUUCCACUAUUGUAACAUGAAAGAAACUAUGUAUUAUCUUUUUUAUUCUGUAUUGCUGUUUGUGUUAUUUAAAAAGCAAAAUUAUGCUCUAUUUAGUUGUAUAAUAUUAUAGGAUACCUUGCUGUGCACAAUUCCAAGUGCCUUAGAACAUUGUUUAGCUUUCAAGUAUACAUAAAUGCAUAUAUGUAUAAAAUUGGGAACGGUUACCUCAAUAAAAAUCAUUGGGAAA